AUGGCUUUCUCUGUCUUUUUGUACCAGACUUGGGCGCUCUUCAAGAAGAACAUUCUGAUAGUGGUUCGGCGCCAUUGGUUUUCGACACUCGUCCGGGCCCUGAUCCUUCCUAUCCUGUAUAUUCUGCUCAUCUCCUACGUGCGAAAUUUCUUCCUACCGCCGUCGAAAUACGGAUUCGGUGAACCCAAUGCCAUACGCACUCCCGCCAGUGCCUUCGCUGCUCAGUCAAGCCGAGACCGAAUUGUCCUCAUUAAUAACAACUACGCCGGUGGGCUUAUCGAGGCAGCGAUAGACCAUUUGUCAUCUACCUACCUGGCUGCCGGCGCCGACGUCAAGCAUGCCGCCUCCGAAUCCGAUCUGUCCGACUUGUGUCGCUCAUCCCUGACCGGAACAACUCGAUGUUAUGGAGCAGUGUCUUUCUGGGGCUCACCUGGCGACAGUGGCAGCGAUUCGCAUUGGGAUUUUUCUGCCUACACAGACUGGGCACUUGGAUCGCGGGUUCACGUCAAUCAGGACAAAAAUGACGCACAAGUGUAUGCCUUGCCAUUUGUUCAUGCCAUCAAUUCGGCAAUUGCAAAUGUAUCUGGUCGGCAUCUUACCCAGGAUGUGCUACAAUACCCCUUUACCUCUCAAACCUUCCAGCAGCGUCAAGACCAGGUGCAAGGGAAAUUCAUGUCGGCGUUGGAGCAUUACCUGGCACUCGUCAUUUUCAUUGCCAUGUGCGGCAUCACAUACCAUCUUCCUGGACAUAUCGCCACAGAGCGUGAAAUUGGCAUGUCGGCUUUGAUCGAUACGAUGAACCCGCAGCCGGCUCAAUGGCAAUCCUCUGCCGCACGAAUAUUCGCAGCCAAUUCUGCGUUUAGUUUGGUCUACAUGCCCGCCAGUAUCGGUGUCGGUGUCAUCAUUGCCACUCGGAUCUUUCUUCGCACGUCGGUUGGCAUUAUAACUAUCUUUCAUAUCGUCACUUGCCUAUCUCUGGCUGGAUACAGUGCCUUGUUAGUGAGCUUCUUCAGUAAAGCUCGACUUUCCGGGAUUACCAUUGUUGUUUUCUCCUGUAUCUUGGCCGUCGUUGCGCAGUGGGCGGUGCCUGGCUUCUACGUCGCGGUUAUCGUCCUUUGUCUUGUAUUCCCACCUAUCAACUAUGUCCUGUUUAUGAUCUAUGUUGCCGCGGCCGAAGGACAGAAUGAGCCCGCCAAUUUCAGCCAGGCUUCAUUGACCGCACGGAGUACUCUCCCCGGGUAUUUCUACUUAGCUGCAGGUGUGGUUCAAAUCAUCAUAUUCCCCCUGUUGACACUGUGGGCGGAACGCUGGCACUACGGUACUGCGGCCUUGUCCCCUGUAGCUGGCGAUCGCCUUCAAAACAAACCAUACGCCCUAAGACUGAAAAGCCUGUCGAAGACCUACGACCCAAGCCUGUUGACUCGAUGUCUAAGAUGGAAAAGUGACGAGACCGUAUACGCAGUCAGGGAUGUUAGCUUCACAGCUUUACGGGGUCAGCUUGUGGCAUUGCUUGGGGAGAAUGGUUCUGGCAAAACUACGACUAUUUCAGCCAUCACUGCUCAAGAGAAGUUCACCUCGGGGACCGUCGAACUUGAUGAUGCAGGAGGGAUGGGAUUUUGCCCACAGAGAAAUGUCCUUUGGGAUGAACUUACAGUUCUUGAGCACAUAAAGGUCUUUGAUGAGCUGAAGGCCAUUUCUGACCGGCGUUCAAAGCCUAUGCUGCAAGAGAUGCUAGAGUCGUGCGAUCUGACCGACAAAGCAGAUUCGCGUACCAAGACACUGUCAGGUGGUCAGAAACGUAAAGUGCAAUUAGCCAUGGCGUUCACAGGUGGAAGUAAGAUAUGCUGUAUUGACGAAGCCUCCUCCGGUCUCGAUCCCGUUUCCAGGAGAAAGGUCUGGGAUAUACUCCUUGCGGAGCGCGGCCGUCGGACAUUACUGUUCACAACACAUGCUCUCGACGAGGCUGACGCUCUUGCUGACCAUAUCGUCAUUCUCCAGAAAGGCUGUGUUAAACUGGAGGGCUCGCCAGUUGAACUCAAGCGGCAAUGCGGCGGAACCUAUAAGAUUGACCUCCAAUACAACGGCCGCCUCGAGAUUGGUGCAGACCAUGCUCUCCGUCAUGAACAAGCGGGAGCGUCUCACACCUUUUACGCUGCUCAGUCUGUUGAUGCUGGAAGGUUAAUGGCGAUACUCGCGUCAAGGGGACUGCAUACCUUCGAGAUUCAAGGCCCAACGCUUGAACAAGUGUUUCUCAACCAAGCAGAGAGUGAGCCAGAAUCUGUACCUUCAGGUCCCAAGCUGGCCCGGUUGCAGAGAACGGACAGAACUCGUUCGAGUGACACCGCCGAGAUUGAGUUGCUCUCCAUUCACCCCAAGAGCAAUACCAACCCCGAUGACCGUGGAAACCCACUGGGACUCCCUGAUGGCCGAACGACCGGAUUUGUCGGUCAACUCUGGUUUCUGGUACGCAAGAGACUUGCCGUCUUCCCACACAACUGGAUGCCUUAUUUGUUUGCCUUGGCGAUCCCUUCGAUAACAGCAGGAUUGUCAAUUUCAUUCUUGACCGGGUUUGGCGGCAUCACCUGCUCGCCCAACGAUCUAUCGCUUACGCCUGUCACCGCGUCGAUUUCGGACUACUCUGGCCAUGCGUUCCCUGUAGGCCCAGCAAGCAACAUCGAUACCGACCGCCUCCAGAACAUGCUUGGCGUCUCUGCAUCAAGCGCUACUCUUGGUCCGGGCCUGUCUCCAAACAUGGUCACCACAGACUCUUACCCGGACUGGAACUCGUUUCUCCACGCACAGUAUUCCACCAUCGAGCCCGGGGGUUUCUAUCUGGGCAACGACUCGUUCCCAGGUCCCGUUAUGGCGUAUCGCAUCGAUGGUGGAUUGCAGUACGCGGCAAUCAUGAUGGCCGCGACUGAUGCAUACUUGAUGAAUACCAGUGUUUCUUCGACUUUCCUGAAUUUUGCUUUGCCCAUUGGUGCCGCACCGGGAGAUUCCCUGCAGAUGAUUAUUUAUUUUGGGCUUGCCAUGUCCAUCACGCCCGGACUCUUUGCUCUCUAUCCGAGUUUUGAAAGAACCAGGAACGUCAAACAGCUACAGUAUAGCAACGGUGUGCGGCCCGGUCCUCUGUGGCUCGGGCACCUCUUAUUCGACGGCAUCUUCGUGGUGGCCAUUAGCACCAUCUCGUUGAUUGUCUUUACCCAGGCCAAGAGCUCUGUGUGGCACUUCACUUCCUACCUGUGGCCAGUCUUCUUUUUCUACGGACUGUCAGCCACGCUUUUGGCCUACAUUUUCUCGUUAUUUGUCUCGAUUCAAUUGGGAGCCUUUGCCUUUGCGGCUGGUUACCAGGCGAUAUCGUUACUGCUUUACCUCAUUGUCUAUCUAGUUAUGGUUGCUUUCAGCGUGGCCGAUGAUUUGCAAACCAACCUCAACACGAUACAAUAUAUUCUGGGCCUAUUCAUGCCAUCGGGCAGUCUUCUCCGUGCACUGCUGCUUGGAUUGAAUCAAUCUCAGCUGCUGUGUCAGGGAUCAAGGUAUCGUGCGCCAGGAAGUAUGUCCAUCUACGGAGCACCAAUUGUCUACCUCGCUCUGCAGUGUGUCGUAUUCUAUAUAAUCUUGGUCAGCUGUGACAGCGGCCUUCUAGCUUCGCUGGGCCCGCGUUUCAAGAAAAUUUACAGCAGCCUACGGACUUCCCAUGUACAAAGCAGCGUCAAACAAAGUCAGCAUGGUCCAGAUGUUCUGGCAGAAACCCAGCGGGCGGAGAACUCACCUGGAGAUGCACUCCGAGUCCUCCACGUUUCCAAGUCAUUUUCCGCACACAAUCCCGUGGUCUCUGAUCUGACUUUCGGCGUUAAGUCUUCCGAGUGCUUUGCUUUACUGGGCCCUAAUGGUGCAGGGAAGACGACGACCUUCAGCCUGAUACGUGGACAAACGCAACCGAGUCAAACCGCCUCGAGUCCAGCUGGAGAUGUACUCGUCGAUGGUCAUUCACUCUUGCGUCAGCGAGCCGAUGCCCUGCUCUCGCUGGGAGUUUGCCCUCAAUUUGACGCGAUCGAUAUGCUCACGGUGAGUCAGCACCUGAGGUUCUAUGCGCGGGCAGCCGGCAUACCACCGCGAUUGGUGGAGCCCACGGUCACACACAUCAUGCAGGUCGUAGGGCUCGAACAAUACUCACGGCGUUUGGCGACGACUCUCUCCGGCGGCAACAAGCGGAAGAUGUCGCUUGCGAUCGCAGUGAUCGGAAACCCCAAGGUGCUGUUGCUCGACGAACCGAGCAGCGGCUUAGACGCAGUGAGUAAGCGAGUCAUGUGGAAGGCGCUCGACGCGGUGAGACACAUGAGCAGGGACCGGCAGAUGGCCAUCAUGAUCACCACGCACAGCAUGGAGGAGGUUGUGGCGUUGGCGGAUCGAGUGGGCAUCAUGAACAAACACAUGCUCGCCGUUGGGGAGAGGAGAGAUUUGAGCAGGCGAUAUGGUACCGGCUUCCAUGUCCACGUCAUGCUCGGAAGAAGUACCUCCGCCGAGGCAGAGGAAACAAUGGCAAAGAACAAAGUGAAAGACUGGAUUCAGCAGAAUGUGCCCGGAGCGGUGGUGGAGCGAGAAAUGCUUCACGGGCAGCUUCGGUUCUGGAUCCCACGACAUCCUGAGGGAUCCGAGGGAUCCACGAGAGGAGACGCAAGCGUGUUAGCGACGACAUUCCGGCUCCUGGAAACGAGUAAACAGCGCCUGGGGAUUGAGUACUAUACAAUCGUACAGACGGAUUGGGAGGACAUCUUUCUCAAUGUAAUCAGACAAGACCAAAGCUCAGGACCUUGA